UUGGAUUCUCCCUUUCAACCAAAUCACUGUGCCCAACCACUAUAUACUACUCUUGUUCCUGGUCUCGACGGAUUAUUCGGACCUUCUUAGAUUAAUUCCCACCCUUCUGCUCUUCAAUUCAAACGUUCAGCCCGCCAUCUACCGAAACAUGUCCCCCGCCGCCGUGGAUGCUCCGAACGGCACGGCCGCCCGGCCGUUGACGGUCGAAGGUAUCCCUGCCUUGAGAGCCAACAGCGCCCCCAUUCCUAAGGGAGUUGCGCCCGCGACCAACAGUGAUUUCUUCAAGAGCUCCGCCUGUUUUACCAAACCGAAGGCGAAGCGAUUUGAUCAUGUGCUCUCUCUGGAGUCGAAGUCGCGCAAGGAAUCAACCUUGAAGGGUGCUGCGAAGUAUCUCAAGAACCCAGGUCUCAUUUCCCUGGGUGGCGGUUUGCCAUCCCCCGAAUACUUCCCUUUCGAGGAACUUAGCAUCAAGGUCCCCACGCCGCCAGGAUUCUCCCCGGAGGAGACUCGUGAAACAGGUGCUGUGCUCCGCGCAGGAAAGAGUGACAUUCGCGAUGGAAAGGGUUUGUACGACCUGGAGGUUGCUCUGAAUUACGGUCAGGCCACCGGAUCGCCUCAGCUGCUCCGAUUCGUCACCGAACACACCGAACUUAUUCAUAACCCCCCAUAUGCCGAUUGGCACUGUUGCUUGACUGCAGGCAGCACGUAUUCAUGGGACACCACGCUUCGGAUGCUCUGCGAAAGAGGCGACUACAUUCUGAUGGAAGAAUAUACUUUCUCUAGUGCCCAAGAAACCGCCACCCCCCAAGGCGUCAAAGUGCAGCCGAUUAAGAUGGACGAGCAAGGCCUUCUACCCGAGUCCCUGGAUGAAGUCCUGAGCAACUGGGAUGAAGCUGCCAAGGGCGCACGCAAACCCUUCGUUCUUUACACCAUCCCAACCGGGCAAAACCCCACUGGUGCCACCCAGCAGGCGGCGAGACGUAAGGAAGUCUACAAGGUCGCCCAGAAGCAUGACGUCAUCAUCGUGGAGGACGAGCCCUACUAUUUCUUGCAGAUGCAGCCGUACGCGGGCGCUGAUGCUGAGCCCGUCCCUCCCCCCGCCAACCACGACGAGUUCAUCAAGUCCCUUGUUCCGUCUUACCUCAGCUUGGACGUUGACGGUCGUGUGCUUCGCCUGGAGUCCUUCUCCAAGGUUCUCUCCCCAGGCUCUCGGGUUGGUUGGGUCGUUGGCUCUCAGCAACUCGUCGAGCGAUUCAUCCGCAACUGCGAGACCUCUUCCCAGAACCCCAGUGGUAUUUCCCAGCUCGUCUUCUACAAGCUCCUGGAAGAGCAGUGGGGCCACGCAGGCUACCUCGACUGGUUGAUCAACUUGCGCAUGCAGUACACCGGCCGCCGGGACACUCUUGUCCACGCUUGCGAGAAGUACCUGCCGCGAGAGAUCGUUAGCUGGAACGCCCCUGCAGCCGGCAUGUUUCACUGGAUGAAAGUCGACUGGCAGAAGCACCCCGGUCUGUCGUCCGGGAAGACCCGCCAGGCCAUUGAAGAAGAAAUCUUCCAAGCAUCCAUCGACAACGGGGUUCUCGUGUCGCGUGGUAGCUGGUUCAAGGCCGACGGCGUGAGCGAGGGCGACAUGUUCUUCCGCGCUACCUUUGCGGCCGCCAGCGCGGAUAACAUCGCCGAGGCGAUCGCGCGAUUUGGAACGGCCCUGCGGGCGCAGUUUGGAAUUUAAUCACAUGGUUGAAUAUACCAUAGACCGCAUAUAAUAUUGAAUAAUGCAUAGAUGACCUCACGUUGUUUUUGGUCUACAAGCGUUCGGGAUUUUGCCUAGAGUUUUCACGGUCUUGCUCAAUAUUUAUUGUCAACAAACCUAGAAGAGAACUUAGUAAACCGGAGAAAG